CAUAGCAUGCACCGGAAGUGCGCUGUGGCGAAAGGGAGCAAGUCGGAGUACCUGCGAUCACCACCUCUGGUUUCUUCGAGAGGUACGCAGCGGCGGGUCGGUCAACGGAGCUUUAGCCAGCGGCUGCUGUCAUGACGACCCAGGGCGGCCUGGUGGCCAACCGAGGCCGGCGGUUCAAGUGGGCCAUUGAGCUGAGCGGGCCGGGAGGAGGCAGCAGGGGCCGAAGUGACCGGGGCAGCGGACAGGGAGACUCACUCUAUCCAGUCGGUUACUUGGACAAGCAAGUGCCUGAUACCAGCGUGCAAGAGACAGACCGGAUCCUGGUGGAGAAGCGCUGCUGGGACAUCGCCCUGGGUCCCCUCAAACAGAUUCCUAUGAACCUCUUCAUCAUGUACAUGGCAGGCAAUACCAUCUCCAUCUUCCCUACUAUGAUGGUGUGUAUGAUGGCCUGGCGACCCAUUCAAGCACUUAUGGCCAUUUCAGCCACUUUCAAGAUGCUAGAGAGUUCAAGUCAGAAGUUUCUUCAAGGUUUGGUCUAUCUCAUUGGGAACCUGAUGGGUUUGGCAUUGGCUGUUUACAAGUGCCAAUCCAUGGGACUGUUGCCUACACAUGCAUCAGAUUGGCUAGCCUUUAUUGAGCCCCCAGAGAGAAUGGAGUUCAGUGGUGGAGGAUUACUUUUGUGAACCCGAGAAAGCAGCACCUGGUGUCUAUGUAUAUAGGCCUUGUUUGCAUGGGCCUCAUUUGCACUCUAAGCUCACAGCUCCUAAGUAUGCUUACUUAAAAUAAUCACGCAUGUUGAGAAGAACCAGAAGGUCUGCAGUUUUUUUCUGUAAUGAGAGAUUCUACAAGGAUAUGUGCAGCAUGUUACAGCAGAAAAGAAACUGGAGCACAACUUCUGACUGAAAAUAAUGUAGAAAACUUUAUUUAUGUUCCCAGCACAGAGCAAAACAAAACCAGACUCUAUGUAAACAAAAGAAUAGCAGCUGCUGAGUAGCAGCAUCUUCUUUCAAUAAAUUAAACAGUCGAGAACAAUGCUUUAAAAGUUUCUCAAGUUCCCCUUAAAUCUGUUAAUAUUUCACUUCUAUGUCGCAUAAGCAGAGACAAAAAUUCUAUAUCAGACAUUUUUUGCAAGAUGUGAAAACUAAUGCUGGAUUCAAAUUAUACAUGAUGAAAAGAAAAAUAAACCAGAAGAAAAGAGCAUGUAAAUAUA